UAAAACAUGCGGAUAUUGAACGUUUCCCUACUGGUCUUGGCCUCAUCCCUGGUCGCUUUUGUCGAGUGUGGAAGGGAUUUUUAUAAAAUUUUGGGUGUCGCAAAAAAUGCCAAUGCUAAUCAGAUUAAAAAGGCCUAUCGAAAAUUAGCAAAAGAAUUACACCCCGAUAGGAACCAGGACGAUGAAAUGGCAAAUGAGAAAUUCCAAGAUUUAUCGUCGGCUUACGAGGUACUUUCUGAUAAAGAAAAACGAGCAAUGUACGAUCGACAUGGAGAAGAAGGUGUUGCGAAAAUGGGUGGUGGUGGUGGUGGAGGCCAUGAUCCAUUCUCAUCAUUCUUCGGAGACUUCUUCGGUGGCGGAGGUGGUCAUGGAGGUGAAGAAGGAACUCCAAAGGGAGCUGAUGUGACAAUCGACUUGUUCGUCACGCUGGAAGAGGUGUACAAUGGACAUUUUGUCGAGAUCAAACGUAAAAAGGCGGUUUACAAGCAAACGUCAGGAACUCGUCAAUGUAACUGCCGUCACGAGAUGCGUACCGAACAAAUGGGACAGGGAAGGUUCCAAAUGUUCCAAGUGAAAGUUUGUGACGAGUGCCCAAAUGUGAAGCUGGUUCAGGAGAAUAAAGUUUUGGAGGUUGAAGUGGAGGUUGGAGCCGAUAAUGGUCAUCAACAAAUUUUCCACGGAGAGGGAGAACCACACAUUGAAGGAGAUCCAGGAGAUUUGAAAUUCAAGAUUCGAAUUCAGAAGCAUCCAAGGUUCGAACGCAAGGGUGAUGAUCUGUACACAAAUGUGACAAUUUCACUUCAAGACGCGCUCAACGGCUUCGAAAUGGAAAUUCAACAUCUCGACGGGCACAUUGUCAAGGUUCAAAGAGAUAAGGUAACCUGGCCAGGGGCCCGUCUUCGUAAGAAGGACGAAGGAAUGCCAUCCCUUGAAGAUAACAACAAGAAGGGUAUGCUUGUCGUCACUUUUGAUGUUGAAUUCCCCAAGACGGAGCUGUCGGACGAACAGAAAGCGCAGAUCAUCGAGAUUCUUCAACAAAACACCGUGAAGCCCAAAGCGUACAACGGCCUCUAAACAUUAAAUUGGGUGGAUGAAGCCUAGAAGUCGACAUCAAUUACACACACAGUGACCACACUAUUAGAUCUUUUUCCAAUCUGCAAGAAAAUUUUUGAAAUUUUGCAUCGGAAAACUCGUGCUCGAUCUCCGGAUCAAAUCCCACCCCCACCCAACCACUUCAAACCGAAAAUCGCCCGAAUCUUCUUCUAGCAGACGCUGAUCUCUACGUCUUCAUCUUCAACUUCAUCAAGUCCAUCAUUUUAUAAAACCAAUCUUAUUUUUCUCAGUUAUUUUUUUUCAAUGUUUUUUGAGUUUUCUGAGUGGCAAACUUUCGAAUUUUAAAUUCAAAAAAUUUGUAUCUGAAAAUAAUUUAAUCAUGUUUUCCACUCAAAAAGCCCAAAACCAAACUUGGCCAGCACUCGGUACUAGAAACUGCAUCAUUGAUAAGUUUAAGAAGUUAUGGAAAUUCUUAUGAGUUCACAAAAAACCUCUUAUCACUAUCAUAAUCUAAGCUUGUAGCUACCGAUCACGGAGAUAAUCCAGUGUUGAGUCGAACCUGAUCUUCAACUCAAAAAUGAUCCAUUUGGAUCGAAAUUUAUAUAUUAUUUGUCGAAUUGUAUUGCUUAUUAUUCAUUCGUCGAAACAAUGCCUUGCUCUCAUUGGGCUCGGCUUUCAGGUUUUGACGAAUUUAUAAUAUUACUGUGUAUUUUCAUUGUCACCCAAAAAUUGUUAACCACGUCAGAGUUUCUAUUUCUCUUUCCCCUUUUCUCUCUCUCCCCUUCGAUUUCUUCGUUCUUUUAACAGGUUUCUUACUUUUCUUCUCUACGUCUCUCUGUCUCUCUCUCUCACCCGUCCACAAUCUCUGCUUUUCCCAUGAAUCCAAAGUCUCUGAAAUUAUCGAUUGAUUGUUUUUUUUGGGUAUUCCAUUUUCUCAUUUGGUGGCCUUCUCAAUUUUCUCGCAAAAAUCUAGUUUUCUCAGUUGUUGUAUCUGUGAUAGAAAUUAAUUUUUUUUAAAUGAUUUCUGUAAAGUUCUAGUGUAUAAUUCCCAUUUUUGACUGGAAUUUUUCAGAAAUCUUCCCCGCAAAGGCUCAAUUUUUCUAAUGUUCUAUACCGAGAUGUGCCUUCUUGCCUCUGUGCUCCCCCUUAAUUUGGUUUUAACUGUAAUUUCAAGAUAAAUAAGGGAAUAUUA